ACUGUACGCGUCAAAGCGACUUUCAGCCUCGAUGUGUACAAAUGUAGGACGAAGUUAUUUAGUCAAACUUAAAAACCUUAAUCCUCCUAGUUGCAUUUUUAAAAAGUCAGCGUUUAUUGCAUCUUUAUUUGAGUUUUUAUGGAUUAAAGGGGCAUUUAGCUCCAGUGAGUUUGGCAUCUCCAGGAGGAACUGGGCUUGGGGCCCCAGAGCAAACCAACCCCUCAAAUGAAUGGGAGCCUCCCCUCACUGUGCCGGGACUGUUGGACUCUGGUAAAUGAUUAUACAUCUGAGGACUCCUUCAAAAACACCAUCUGAGGACAAGGACAGCUGAUUUCCUGGCUAUGCUGAGUUGAUGCCUCAUUCAGAAGGUUUCCUGUCCUGACCAGCACACAUGGUGACAGCCCAGAUUCAAUCAGCCUGCCGGUAGAGAAGUUGACCAUUAACCUCACUGCACUGACUGCAAACAGCUCCUGGCUGAAGCAGCUGUUCCUGCACCCUGGAUCCCCAAGCAAAGUUCACUGUCACAGGCAGCACAGGACUGUAAAAAAAAGGCAGCAGUUUGAUCCUUUUUGUUUUUCUCAGAUUCUGCAAGGGCUGAAACUGCAACCAUGGCUACAGCAGAUUACGGAUACUACAGAGCCACCAUAUUCCUGGCCAUGUUUGUGGGCUAUACACUGUAUUACUUUAACAGAAAGACCUUUUCCUUCGUGAUGCCUUCUGUGAUGCAAGAAAUUAAGUUGGAUAAAGAUGACCUGGGCAUGAUCACCAGCAGUCAGUCGUUGGCCUAUGCUAUCAGUAAGUUCAUCAGUGGCGUGCUUUCAGACCAGAUCAGUGCCCGGUGGCUGUUCUCCAUCGGCCUGUUCGUGGUGGGAGGCAUCAAUGUGAUCUUCUCCUGGUCCUCCACUGUGGCGGUGUUCUCUGCUCUGUGGUUUAUAAACGGUCUCGGACAGGGCCUAGGCUGGCCUCCAUGUGGCAGAGUGCUCCGUAAGUGGUUUGAACCCUCUCAGUUCGGGACAUGGUGGGCCAUUCUCUCCUGCAGCAUGAACCUGGCCGGCAGCCUGGGCCCCAUCAUCGCCACGGUGCUGGCUCAGACUUACAGCUGGAGGACGAUAUUGUCUGUCUCUGGGAUGAUCUGCGUGGCCGUCUCGUUUGUGUGCCUGCUGGUGAUCAAGAACGAGCCCAAGGACGUUGGGCUGCCCAACAUAGAGGCGACCGCCAAGAAAGGCAAAGGAGGCUCCUCCAGAGAUGACAGCACCCUCUCUGAGUUCCUGCUCUCCCCCUACCUAUGGCUGCUGUCCGUGUCCUACCUGGUGGUGUUCGGGGUGAAGACAGCCUGCACCGACUGGGGGCAGCUGUUCCUCAUCCAAGACAAGGGCCAGUCCACGCUGAUGGGCAGCUCAUACAUGAGUGCCCUGGAGGUUGGAGGUUUGCUGGGCAGUCUGGCAGCAGGUUACAUCUCUGACAAGGCUGUCGCCAAACAAGGGUUGAGAAUCUACGGCCAUCCUCGUCACUUCAUCCUCAUCUGUAUGAUGGCUGGAAUGUCUGUGUCCAUGUUCCUGUUCAGAGUCACAGUGACUGCUGACAGCUCAAAGGUUUGGAUACUCAGCUUGGGCGCUGCUUUCGGAUUCUCCUCAUAUGGACCAAUAGCAUUGUUUGGAAUAUUAGCCAAUGAAAGCGCUCCUUCCAACUACUGUGGGACGUCUCAUGCCAUCGUUGCCCUGAUGGCCAACAUUGGCGGCUUCCUGUCUGGAUUACCCUUCAGCACCAUCGCCAAGCACCAUGGUUGGGAAACGGCUUUCUGGGUAGCAGAAAUGACCUGCUUGGUCACCGCUGUUGGGUAUUUCCUCUUGCGGAACAUCCGAACCAAGAUGGGUCGCCUGCCCAAGAAGGCAGACUAACGUCACACCUCAACCCUUCAAACCACAGAUGUCAAUAUAUUUUUCAGCAUUUUAAUACUCUAAGAUUUCUGCUAUCAAUCCAUCAGGACACUAAAAUUUAUCUUAUUUUGUUUUUU